CCUCGAGGAGUCACUGCCAGAACCACCACCGACCAACGAAGCAACAUAUAACCAACUUUCUUCUCUCCUCCGUCGUUUCACUACCAACGUUCUUCAGUUUGUUACGUUAUCCGCUUCCGAGCGGACCUUCUUUCUCCUAACAAAAUCACCAGCUCAAAUCCCCUCCAGUUUCUUCCCUAGUAAUCCACACACCAGUAUCCAAUAAUCAGCUCGAGUAAUUUGUUGACAUGGCCGGGAAAGUAAUUACGCUGUGCUGCUAAAUAUGGGCAAAGUGCGACAUAUUAGUCAUCUCUAGUUUCGACUGAGCUGCAAAAAAUGUGCAACUGACUGUUCAGAAGGUGACCAAUCUAACCAGAAAAAGUGUGAGCCUGCUCAUCAUCUUAAAACUGGAAAUUUUGCAAGUGGGAGGUGUUAGCCUUGUGAGACUUGAAAGGGUGGUGUCGAGAGCAAGAAUCUCAUCAGGCGAGGAAGGAAGGAGCCGUCGUCGUGGUUUGAAGGGUGAAAAUGGUUGGGUUUCGGGGCUAUGUUGGAGUUUUCUUCCUCUUCACACUCGCUCUCCUUCUCGCCAUCCCUUCCUCCCAGGGUCGUCGAGGUAGAAGCCGAAGGACAGACGACAUGGACGACUUUGAUAUUGAGUCGUCAUCCCUCCCAAGAUUCGCCCAACCAAUACCAAAUGUUACAGUCACGGUUGACAAAGACGCGUUACUCCCGUGUGUUGUAGACCACUUGUACAACUUUAAGGUGGCGUGGGUACGUGUAGAUACACAAACGAUACUAACAAUUCACCAGCAGGUAAUCACUAGAAAUCCAAGAAUAAGCUUGGCCCACUCGGACCAUCGCUCGUGGUUUCUUCAAAUUAAGAACACGCAGGAGGUUGAUCGUGGAUGGUACAUGUGUCAGGUCAACACCGAUCCCAUGUCUAGUGUAAUGGCCUACCUUGAGGUUGUUGUGCCACCAGAAAUAAUAGACAAAGACACGAGCACAGACAUGGUGGUGAAAGAAGGAUUCAAUAUUUCGCUAACCUGCAAAGCGAAGGGACAUCCUGAUCCUUAUAUUAUGUGGAGACGAGAGGACAACCAAGAAAUACAAUAUAACGGACAGCUAGUAAAUGUCAUCGACGGUGACUUAUUUCAAAUUGUUAAAGUGUCCAGACUGCACAUGGGGGCUUAUUUAUGCAUUGCAAGCAAUGGUAUUCCUCCGAGUAUUAGCAAGAGAGUCGAGCUGAAAGUUCAGUUUCCACCGAUGAUGACGAUUCCACACCAACUGGAAGCAGCUCAUGUAGGGCAAGAGGUCACAGUGGAAUGCGUAACUGAAAGUUAUCCAAAAAGCAUAAACUACUGGACCGAUGAGAGAGGGAACAUGUUAGUCUCAGGAGAAAAGUACGAGUCACUUUUAGUGGACAGCAGUUACCGGAUGUACAUGAGAUUAAAAAUUCGAAACAUUAGCCACACGGACUUUGGAAUCUUCAAAUGUUUGGCAAGAAACAGUCUUGGAAGUGUUGAAGGUUCCAUCAAGCUAUACGAAAUUCCAGCUCCAUCAACAACAACAAUUGCAUCUCCAAAAACAAGUCCAAGUCCCCCAAGGAAGUGGAAGAAAGAUAAGAGUUCAAUAAAUAAUGUGGUUAUCGAUUACGAGUUUAACAGCGACAGAGGUCAGAAGAAAUAUGAUGACAUGGACGGCAAAUUGGGGAUUACUGGAGAAAGUUCUGGAAGUGCGAGUAGUAUGCGUAGCCCAAGAAUUAUUCCAAGUGGUCAACAUCAUCACAAACCUAUCCCGAAAGGACUUUUACCGCAAAUCCCUAAAUCGCAUAACGGGCUCCAUCUCGUUCAACAUAUCUUGCUUUCCAUACUUUCAAGUGAAACAUUUGUCAUUUAUUUUGGUUGGUGUUCUAGCUGUAGUGCAAUCUUCAACAUGUGCCUCCUCAGUCUCACUUUUAUUCUUGGUCAAUAUCAGAUUUCGAACUAGGUUGCAUUUGCCCUCUGACAAGGGUCCAUUGACUUGUAAAUUCUUUGAGAAUUUCUAGUAGAAAUUCUCAAAGGAUACAGUCAAUGGGCCCUGUCUCUGACCGAAUGAGUUUCGUAUAUUUUCAAUUCGCAACAUAUGUAUAAGCAAAAUAUAUCUCCCAUCAUAAUCAUUCCAAUCAUGAUUGCAUUAUGUGGCUAAAAUAUAUGUUGAGUUAGUAUAUAACUAUAUAUUAGUUAAUAUAUAUCUAUCAAAACAAGUAUCCAACUGAUACGAACUUGAGAAUGAAUAUUAAUUUUAUUAUAUUGGACAUUGAUUGUUUGUCUGUAUUAAUGAAACCUUCCGAUUGCAAAUUAAAAAUUGGAUUUCAGAGACGCUUUAUUGAGUAGCAUUACUGUCGCGACGCCCUUUGAUAUUUUAUUGCAGAUUGUAUAUCAGUAAUAAUUGUAUGCAUAAAUAAAUCACUAAAUACAUGAAUAAGUUCAGUAUCGAAAUAGAAAUAAGUGAAGAAAGUAAGGUAACAAUAUUAGUUUGUUACCUUUCAAAAUGAAAGAACGAGACAUACGUAUGAUAAUGUAUUUAUGAGCGUAAAAUUAAGUUUUAUGAUCUGUCUAUAUUAUUAAACAUACAUAUUACCCAAAACGAUGACAAAGGAACAUUUUACAUAAUCAACGAGUGCCGGUAAUACUGAUUUUAAAAAUGUAUCAAGAAGCUCGACUUUCGAAGAUAAGUAUCUACUUGUUAGGACUCUAAUUUAUUUAUUUGGUGUUAGAGUGAAAUAAGAAUAAACUUUUGUACGGAAAACUAA